CCCGCGUCCCGCGGCUGGGCCGCUCGCGGCGGGUGGGCAUGGGGACUCCUCCAGGCCUGCAGGCCGACUGCGAGGCGCUGCUCAGCCGCUUCCAGGAGACCGACAGCGUGCGCUUCGAGGACUUCUCCGAGCUCUGGAGGAGCAUGAAGUUCGGGGCCAUCUUCUGUGGUAGAAUGAGAAAUUUAGAAAAGAACACAUUUACAAAAGAAGCAUUAGCUUUGGCUUGGCGAUACUUUUUACCUCCAUAUACCUUUCAGAUCAGAGUCGGUGCUUUAUAUCUGCUGUAUGGAUUAUAUAACACCCAACUGUGUCAACCAAAACAAAAGAUUAGAGUUGCCCUGAAGGACUGGGAUGAAGUUUUAAAAUUUCAGCAAGAUUUGAUAAAUGCGCAACAUUUUGAUGCAGCUUAUAUUUUCAGGAAGUUACGAGUAGACAGAGCAUUUCACUAUACAGCAAUGCCCAAAUUGCUGUCAUAUAGGAUGAAGAAAAAAAUUCAACGAACUGAAGUUACUGAAGAAUUUAAAGAUCCAAAUGAUCGUGUAAUGAAACUUAUUACUUCUGAUGUAUUAGAGGAAAUGCUGAAUGUUCACGAUCACUAUCAGAACAUGAAACAUAUAAUUUCAGCUGAUAAAUCCAAUCCAGACAAAGCCCUCAGUUUGAUAAAGGAUGAUUUUUUUGACAAUAUCAAGAACAUAGUUUUGGAGCAUCAGCAAUGGCACAAAGACAGAAAAAAUCCUUCCUUAAAAUCAAAGGUUAAAGAUGGAGAAGAAAAGAGGGACAAGAAUUCCCAAAAAUCAGAGAGAUGUGAAAGGGCAGAAUCAUUAGCGAAAAUAAAAUCAAAGGCCUUUUCAGUUGUUGUUCAGGCGUCCAAGUCAAGACGGCAUCGUCAAGUCAAACUUGAUUCCUCUGACUCUGAUUCUGCUUCUGGUCAAGGACAAACUAAAGCAAGUAGGAAAAAAAGAAAUAAAGAAACAUUGAAAUCAGCAGGAAGAAAGAUGUCUUCCAGAGAUGACAUACAGAAUGUCCCUAAAGAAGAUAAGUCUUUAAGUCUGAGUAUGCCUGUAAUUACAGAGGAGGAAGAGGAGAAUGAAAGUUUUAGUGAACCAGAGUUUACUGCACCCAAGAGGAAAAGAAAGCACAGAAUGAAGAGCCGGGUAUAGAGUUCUUAACUUUGAACUUUUUCUGACAGAAGAAAAGAUUUAUAUUUUGUGUAUUGUACAGGAAGAUUGCCAGUAUUAAAAAUAAUUCUUCUGGGAAAGUAGGCUAUUUCUUUGAAAUGGCAAUAUUUAUAUGGUUCUAGAAUAAAAGUACAAAAACUUAGAAUAAGGGUUUACUCCAGAAUUUAAUUUCAGCAUUUUCUUUUAUGACAUUUGCACAAAUAGAGAUAAAUUUGGAUUUAGAAUAUAAUAGAAAUAAUCCUGUAAUUUUCAGAUUAUUACUAUCUCCCACAACUUUUUCUGUUAUUAUACUGAUUACUAUAGUUCUGGUCAUAUUAACUAUUGUAUUUAAAAUCUUUUUUUCUUGAAAUACUAAUGUUUAUUACAUGUCAAUGGCUCUUUUAUAUCUAUAGCCUGAUAAUGGAUUCAUUUAUAUUUUAUUUUUUAUCAUUUUUAGCGAUAUUAUUUUAACUAUUUUAUAUGACUCUAAGUGCAAUAAAAUUUUUGCCUUAUUUGCUUUGUUUUUUCAAUAUAUGAAUCUUAUAUGGUGAGUAACUUAUAUGAUCAGUAACUUAGGUAGUUUGUGUUCUACUUCUGUAAUCAAUUAAAUAAUCUUUAGUACUUGUUUUAAAGUUCCCUUUGGCCUAACCUUUUUGUAUAUGUAUAUUUACAUGUAUAUAUACAUGAAUAUGUACAUCCCUAAAUAUACAUGUAAUACAUUCUGUAAGUACAACAUUUAAAUAUUGUUUCUAAUAAAACCUUAAGAGUAGUAAUGUAAAUUCUAGAAUGGUAUAGAAUUGGUACCCACAGAAAAAAAAUGCUGAGCCUUUGUGAAUGUUUUUCUCCAUUAAUUUCUCAUUUGAGACAUUUAAAUGGAAAUUACGUGAGCCAUGUUGUUGAAUUGCUCUCAGUAGCAGACCAUCUACAUUUCAUCUGGUUGGCUUAUCCUGUCUUAACAGUUGAUUACACUUUAUGUUGUUUUCCAGCAUUGUAUAUUUAGGAAUUCUGUAAAUAUCUUGUGUAUGAAAAUGGUGUGAUAUCUAUAAUGUUGUAAAAUCAAAAUGCUUAUGGUAUCCACAUAAAACUUUCCUUUAUUUGAAUCUAUGCUACCACAUAGCUACUAGACAAUAUUGUUUCCCUUGAUUGACAUGCAGAUGUUUCUGGUAAUAGGUGGGGCAUUUUUGGAAAGUAGACAUUUUGAGCAGAGCUUCUGGGAUUUGAAUAUUCUAGGGUUGGUGCACUUGGGGGUAUGGAUACAUCGUUGGCUACUACUUGUAUGCCAGAUUAUUUGCUAGAAUUUGUCUGAUCAUGAAAAUUCACUAUUUUUUUUCCCCAAUAGUUCUUACAAAAUACUAGGUAUUAUUUCACUUGUACAAUGGGGAAACUACUUCAGAAUGGUAAGUGCCUUGCCCAUAUUCACAAAAUCAAUAAGUGAUGCAUCUGGAAUAAAAAGACAGAGAGCUCUGCCCCAUAAUCUCAGGGUUAGUUUACAUAAGUCAAUAGAAAUGGAAAUUCAAAGAGACUUGACUGCCUGUAGUAAAACCCCACUUCAAAGUGACUUAAACAAUUGGUAAAGUUUAUUUUAAGACUUUCAGUUGCGUAUCAGUGUCAGGUGGCUCUGGUUGUGUAGUAUAUCAUUUUCCUCACGGAUUCAUGUACACAGGUUUGAGUCUUUAGGGAAAGCUUAAUAGCUGUAUAGGAAACUCUUCACCAGUCAGUUCCCAAGGAUCAAGGCCAACCUUGCAAGUAAGCAAUCUCAAGACUUCUAUGUUACCUUUUCCCUGUAUAGGUUUAUUUCAUUUUCACUAUUUCAAUGUUUUGGUGACCUUUAUGUGUAUAUUUUUACUCAUUUAUUGUUUGCUUGUCAAACUGUGUAUAUAUAAAAUUUUGUUACUUGCUGCCAAACCGAACUCCAAAAGAUGGCCAAUUUACAUUCCCACUGAUAAUAAUCCCUACAUGUCUAUUGCACUGAAUAUCAAUUUUGUAAUUGUUGCUAAUCGAAUAUAGCCUGAAUCUUAACAGAAAAAUGUAGAGAGUUAAAAUUAAUAAAAUUGUACUAAGCAGCUGUGAGCUGUCACAUGGUUACAUCUGACAGAGCACUUUAGCUGAUGGCACCUUUUUCAUGAAUAUAUUUUGAACAUAUGCUAUGAAUUAGUUCUUAGGUUGCUUUACAUGUGAAAUUGAAGUAUACUGGACAGAAUUUAAUAGAAAAUAAUCAUGUUUAAUAACAGAUUUUCAGAAUUAAAAUGAGUUCAAAUACUAGUUUUUUGUUAAGCUGUUUGUAUUGUCAAAUUGAUAAUUGAUCAUAAUAAAAUAACUAGCAACACGUAUAUGCAUGAUUUUAAUGUUAAAUACUUUAAGUAAUGUUUUGUAGAGUAUAGGGGUUGUCAGUGUGCAUAAGCAUAAAAUAUCUAUUUUAAAAUGCUACUUUGGAGCAAAGACUAUGCAUUGGAGCAAAGAAAGUUUGUUCAAUAAAUGGUGCUGGGAAAACUGGGUCGCUACAUGCAAAAGAAUGAAGCUUGACCACCACCUCACACCAUACACAAAAAUCAACUCAAAAUGGAUUAAAGAACUAGACAUAAGACCUGAAACCAUAAAAUAUAUAGAAGGAAAUAUAGGCGAAACACUACGUGAUUUGCACAUCAAAGACAUCUUUACAGACACA